AUGGAGAGAGCGAGUUUCAGAACCAACGUCCUAACCAGGCACCUCCUCAGUCAAGAAAACCCAAAUCUCGACGACGAUGAUGUCCUACUCCAAUCCUGGCCGUGCAUCAGCUACACGCCGGCGGAGGCAUCCGAACCGGCGGCGUGUUUCGACGUGUACGAGAUGCGGAAGUUGAUGGACGGCCACAACUUGGAGGAGAGGGACUGGCUGUAUGGGGUGAUAAUACAGAGCGAGGUGUUUAACCCUAGAUCAAUAGGCGGUAGAGUGCAUGUUUGGGCGGAUUAUAACCAGCCAAUGGAGCAGCAGAGGGAGAUGACGAUGAGGAGAAUUGAGUACCUCUCGGAUUGUGGGGUGUUUAGGGGAUGGCUGACUGAGAAUGAGGCGGAAGCGGAGUUGAGGAAGGUUGCUCUUGGUGAAGUUAUUGCCAUUUUUGACUACUCAUUGGCUAUCAAGAUUGGAGUUCAUGUCUUUCUCUGUUGGAGUAAGGUGUUGGUUGGGAAACUGAGAAGAUAAGUUACAGAAGCGCAACGGGAUUAGUCUGCACGCAACACAAGGAUUGGAAGUAUGGGUAUAAAUAUCAUCCAUGCGUUAGUUGGUUUGGACGUAUUAUGGGAUCAAUAUCAUCCAUGCAUUAGUUUGUUGGAAACCUAUGAUGUCGCCAUCCGAUUCACCAAUCAUGUCCCAUGCAUUGAUUUUUCUUUUGGUACGUUUUAACUACUUUUAAAAGAUUAUAUUGAUUUCUUAAAAUGUUCAAACUCAAAAUAAUAUAUACUUGAAAAGGAACUAUAAUUCGUUA